UAGGGUUUGUUUGUCAAUGAGUGACCUUAGGGUUAUCCACUUCGCAAAAAACUACAGGUAAAAGAAGCAAAUAAAUUUCACGAAAGUUAAGUCAUAGGAUGAAUACUAUAAACAUGCUCUCAUCCUCCACUACCGUAGCAACUGCUUGUUUUGGCUGUCAUAUUGUUGUGCCUUCAAAAUGUUACAAUAUAGUUUCAUGUCCAUUUCCUACAUAUUUUGCUCCCACAAAACCACCCAGAAAAACACUCAUUUGUAGAAGCUCCGCCGGUGAUUUGUCGGCUGAAAGCACAACAGAGGCCGAACAAGAAUGGGAGACGCCGGUCGAAGUUCCAGAAGGGCCUCCAUCUUUGAUAUCAGCCCUUAAUGUCGAAAAGGCUAUUCGUGGAAUUGCAAUUACUGAUGCAGAUCACUAUGGAAGACUUGGGCUUCGAAGGGCGUGUUCAUAUGAUGAGGUUACAGUUCAAUACAAGAACAAGGUUGCAGAAGUGAUGAAUAAGGGUUUAUCUGAAGAAGAGCUUGGCAAGGAGUUGGAGCUCUUAAGAGAAUCACAUUCUAUAUUAUCUUCAGUUGAGGAGAGAAGGCUUUAUGAUUGGAGUUUAGCAAGAAAUCAGAAACCAGACAGAUACAUGUGGCCCUUUGAAGUUGACAUAACUCAAACUCCUAAAGAAAUUCCUCCUCCUCCGGAACCAGAGGACGUUGGGCCAACCAGAUUGGUGGGAUAUUUCAUGCUUAGCUGGCUAAUACUAUCCUUCAUACUGUUCAUUGCCUUCAAUCGAUAAGGCAAACGAUCAUUUGUUGAAAUUUUCCACAUAAAUUGUUUUAUUAAAUUAUACAGCUUCAAUGGCUGAAUGAAUAGAAUUGCUCUAUAUUUCCCACGUCGUUGUGCCAGGUCAUUAAUUUAACUUUUCCGUUUAAAUA